CCUGCCCCCCCCCUCUCAGCCCCCGGCCAUGAGGAGAAACUCCCGCCUUCAGUGACCGCUGCCGCUAUCGCAAUGGCUCAGGCCGAGAAAAUGGAGCUGGAUCUGGAGCUGCCGCCGGCCGGGAGUGACGGGGGCGGCCUGAGGCGCUCCAAUAGCGCCCCCCUCAUCCACGGGCUUAGUGAUAAUUCACAGGUUUUUCAGCCUUACGUCUUGCGAACACGCAGGAACAGCACAACGGUUAUGAACCGGCACAGCAUGCUGGUGUCAUCAUCUCCAAUACGUAUCCCUAGCAGCCGGCUCCAUCAAAUCAGAAGGGAGGAAGGAGUGGAUUUGAUGAACAGAGAAACUGCACAUGAAAGGGAAGUGCAAACAGCAAUGCAGAUAAGCCAGUCAUGGGAGGAAAGCUUGAGCCUGAGUGACAACGACUUGGACAAAUCUGAAAAAUCUUCAUCUCCAAAGAGGAUAGAUUUCAUUCCUGUUUCUCCAGCACCUUCACCUACAAGGGGAAUAGGAAAGCAAUGUUUUUCACCAUCCUUGCAAAUGUUCGUGAGUAGUAAUGGAUUGCCUCCAAGCCCCAUUCCCAGUCCCACAAGGAGAUUUUCAAACAGGAGAAGCCAGAGUCCAAUCAACUGCAUCAGGCCCAGUGUUCUUGGUCCCAUUAAAAGGAAAGGUGAGAUGGAAACUGAAAGCCAGCCAAAGAGACUCUUCCAAGGAACCACCAAUAUGCUUUCUCCUGACGUGACACAUUUGACAGACCUCAGUUCCUGCUUGUCUUCAGGUAUUCUGGAUGGGAGUACAAGCAGCGUGAGCUCAUCCUCCGAUUCCCUGGCCAAAGGCAGCACUACUACAGAAUCUCCAGUCACAUGUUCAAACUCAUGUUCUUCAUUCAUCUUAAUGGAUGACCUUUCACCCAAGUGACUUAUCUAGUCGCCAAUGUCUGCCUGAGCCGUUACCGUACUGUACAUCGUACAGAAAAAAACACCCUGCAGUUAAAUCCUUGAGGACAUGAGGAUUUAAAUACUGAGUGGGAAUAUCAAGACAACCUUAUUCCUUGGUAUCUUCUACAAGUGAUUUUGGUUAUCCUUCUUAAUGGACACAUGCCACUGAUGACUGGGUUUGCUGAUUUUUUUUUAAAUUUAUUUUUACAGAUAUUUCCUCAAAUUGUACUAACUUGCUUUCAAGGAAACUGCAUACACUUUAAAAAAAAAUCCCAAAAGCACCUAAAUUGUAUUAGUGUUAAAACUGUAGAGGGAAAAAACUGUCCACUGUUGCUAUCAUGAUUACUUAUUCUGGAGGUAAGAAUAGUGGUUACAGAGUUAUGUAAUCUUUGAGAUGCUUUUUAAUUUUUUUAAUAAAGUAGAUUUGUUUUUGAUAUUUGUCUAGGAAGAGUAGAGUACUUUUCCUGAUUAGGCAUAUUUUGGACUCCACUUCCCCCACACCUAAAAAGAAUCCAAUCAAAAUAUAGAUUUGUUCCUCACCUUCCUGUUGCAGCCUCUCCUUUGUCAUCUUUCCCAAAGAAAGGAAAAGGGUU